CGACACACCCCUCCACUCAACGAAACACCCCUUUACUCAACCAAACACCCCUUUACUCAACGAAACACCCCUUUACUCAACGAAACACCCCCUCACACUACACGACACUCUGAUUGGGUCUCAAGAGACUGCGUCUGAAACGUGAUGACGUUUACGUUGACCGAGUAUGAAGAGAGAACCCGAAAAAGUAACACGGGAAAAACACGGGAAAAUAACGGAGGAAAAGAGCAACACUACGUUCAGUGAAGGAGCAGACCCUGAGCUGAGGAGAUGCGACUCGGACACUUAUCAGUGUCAGAUCUGCACAAAAAAGGGGAGCUAUGCAAAGCUUGUGUCCCAUCUGCAGGGACACCAAAGGUCAAUGGUGGAGUACGGUGGAUACAGUGUAUACAGAUGCCACCUUGACUGUGUGAAAAGCAGCCACUACCACUGUUGGUGUUGCACAACAAUCAUUGCGACCAAACAAUAUUUCAUCAAGCAUUUCAUAACCUGCUGCAAGACAGCAUCCACAGCAACUCCACAAUCCACAGUGACCCCAGCAUCCACAGCUACCCCACCAUCCACAGUGACCCUAGCAUCCAGGGUCACUCCACCAUCCACAGCAACUCCACCAUCCACAGUGACCCUAGCAUCCACAGCAACUCCACAAUCCACAGUGACCCUAGCAUCCAGGGUCACUCCACCAUCCACAGCAACUCUACCAUCCACAGUGACCCUAGCAUCCAGGGUCACUCCAGGGUCACUCCACCAUCCACAGCAACUCCACCAUCCACAGUGACCCUAGCAUCCACAGCAACUCCACCAUCCACAGCAACUCCACAAUCCACAGUGACCCUAACAUCCAGGGUCACUCCACCAUCCACAGCAACUCCACCAUCCACAGUGACUCCAGCAGCCCCAGCAGCAGCCCAUCGAAAAAAAAUAUUGUUGGCAAAGCACUCUAAAACAACAUGCGGUUUUUGUAGCAAAACAGUGCUUAGAAAAAAUCUCAAAACACACAUUGAAAGGCAACACAAGGUGAAAUCAUUGGACAUAACAGCAGAUCAUCACCUUAACUCUGUGUGUGUUGACAGGAGAAAUGGAAUUGUUGCAGUGUCAAGAUCUUUUAAGGGUACUGCACAAUACAUCCAUGCCCAAAAAUGUACCUGGGGUAGUAACCCUAGUAGGCCUUUAUUAAACACACCUUUUUGUAACAGACAGGUUGCCAUGAUGUUGAAAGUUUGCAAAAACAAAUGAAAUUAUUCAAAACGUUACAUUGUACAGAAGUGUGUUCACAGUGGAAUUUGUGAUACUAUAUUGUAUAAAUGUGAUAUUAUAUUGUAUAAACGUGAUAAUUAU